AUGAUCUGGAUUGACCACGAUAAAGUUUCUGAAUACGCAGCUACACUCUAAGAUUUAACUCUGCCUAUCCCAAAGAGAGUGAGCUCUUUAUGGUGUUUAAGAACUGUAUCUUCUCUUGAGUGUUUAGAUGCUCUUUUCAGGGCUUUCGAGAUUGAAUAAAGCAGCGAACUACUUAAGCAUGAAAUUUGCUACGCACUAGGCUAAAUGGAUAAAUCACCUGAGCACAUUGAAAAAAUUCAAAAUUUCUUAGAAAAAGUAUUAGACGAAGAUCAUCCUAAGAUUGUACUUCAUGAAGCUGUUGAGGCUCUUGGAAAUAUCAACUCAGAAAAUACUUUAAAGUUGCUUAAGAGAUUUGAGAAUGAAACAUCGGAAAUUCUCUAUGAGACUUGCUUCCUCACUAUCAAAUUAGUUGAAUGGAGAGAAAAAACAGAGAAUGGAAAGACUGAGGGAUUGAACUUAAGCAAACUCAAAUUUAACACAACUAAUGACCCAGCACCACCUUUCAAUUUUGUUCGAGAGCCAAAGUACAAGGACAUUUAGCUGCUAGAAUCUAUAAUUUUAGAUAAUGAAAACUACGAUCUGUUUGAGAGAUAUAGAGCACUCUUUACUUUGAGAGAAUUAAAUACUGAAGAGGCAGUGAUUGCAAUGUGCUAGUGUAUGACAAAGGAAAAUUCGAAGAAAUGCAGCGCACUUUUAAAGCAUGAAGUAGCCUUUAUUCUGGCAUAGAUGGAAGAGGUCUUCAAGGUGUCUAUUCCAUUUUUGAUAGACUGUGUAGCUAAUGAAGAGGAAGCACCUAUCGUAAGACAUGAAGUCCUAGUAAGUCUCGGUGAUAUGAUUGAUGACAAGAGUCUUUUGGAAUAAUUUGUGAAUCACCCAGAUUAGAUAGUUAAUGAAUCUUGUCAAGUAGCAUUCAGUUAUAUUGAUAACAGAAAGGCAGUUCAAGAAGAGGAGAGACUCAUUAAUGCUUAAUGA